AUUCAGAUGAAUGGUGCGAUUUCUGUUGUCGUUCCCGACAACCUCACAUUCAGUGGAACAGAAGCGCGUGAAAAUGUUGCUGUUACACUGUGUAGCCUUGGUGGUCUUGUUUAUCAACGGGGCACAGUCGGCUGACGAUAACUGUCACGCAGUAGCCGAUGUGGUAUUGGUGCUAGACUCGUCUGGUAGUAUCGGCCCCAAGAGGUACGCCAAGAUGCUGGAAUUUGUGACCAAACUUACCGAGAACUUCGUUGUUGGCCCUAAGGAUGUUUUGUUUGGGGAGAUCGUGUACAGUAAGAAGGCCGAGAAGUUGUUCGACCUGAGCUCUUACACAACACACGCAGAUCUCUCUAAGGCCGUAAUGAAAACACCGUAUCACAACUUGUCAACCUACACGAAUCUCGCCUUCGAUCUUGUCCUAUCUGAAGACAUGUUCAGUUCUAAUGCUGGGGGUAGGGACACGGCCACAAAGAUUGCUCUAGUCGUCACAGAUGGUCAGUCGGAUAGACCUGCAGAGACUGCGGCCGCCGCUAAAAAGCUGCGGGACAAAGGUGUGAACAUCAUGUGUAUCGGCAUCGUCAACGCCAACAUGUCGGAGCUCCAGAUUUGGGCAGGCAACCCCAACAACGUCUUUGAGGCCAGCAACUUUGAUGACGCCCUCAGCGGUAUCCUCAACAAGGUCACCACACGUACUUGUGAAGUGCCGAAAGAGGAAGAAGAGAAAGGAGCCGAGGCUGAUGUACUGUUUGUGUUAGAUGUCUCCAGCGGUAGCGAAGCUAGUCUGCAGAAGCAGCUCAAGUUUGUUGCCCAGAUCUCGGAGAAGUUUAUCAUUGGAGAAAGCGACGUCCGGUUUGGUGUGGUCACCAUUGGGGAUGACGCUGUCAAAGUCUUUGAUUUAAAUACCCACUCUAAACAUGACGCUCUAUCGCAGGCUAUAGUUACCAUCAAGUACAAGAAAGGCGGGCUGUACCUGUCCAAGGGGUACGAACUCAUCCUUAAAGAAGACCUGUUCGGCACCGUAUUUGGCGGACGUGAGACGGCUACCAAGCUGGUCAUUACCGUCACGGGAGGAAAGUUCCAAGACGCCGCUGCAGCCACCGCAUCCGCCAAUCUCCUGCGUAUCAAGGGCUACCAUGUGCUGGCUAUCGCCUGGGGUAGCUACGUUCAGGAUGAUCUGGUAGCUGUAGCUAGAAUUGAGAGCAACGUCUUCACGGCCAAUACAGCGGACGACCUCGAGUCUAUCAAAGUGCCAGUUGUCAAACGUUUAACAGAAGAGAAAGACGUCAAGGCCGAUAUACUCUUUGUGCUUGACAACUCCGGAGCAAAUGGACUCGUCCUGUUUAAGGCCGUGCAGAAGUUUAUUUCGGAAUUCUCCCAGAAGUACAGAAUUGGAAACGACGACGUCCGCUUUGGGGCAAUACUCGCUGGGGAGGAAGCUUCCAAAGUCUUUGACUUGAAGACCUACAACGAUAAUGCCGAGCUAUCCAAGGCAAUACUUGCAAUCAACGGAAACGCCAGAGCACUUGUAUUCAGCCCACAGAAAGCUUUCAAUUUGAUAACCACCAACGAUCUUUUUGGAAAAUCUGCAGGAGGGAGAGACGACGCCGAAAAAAUUGUUAUAUUCUUCAACGGCUGCAGCCAUCAAAACCCGGAUGAGUCCUCAGCCGCUGCUAAAGAUUUGCGUGACCGCGAUGUGCACAUCCUAACGGUGGCUUAUUCUGGCUCCAAGGAUAGUCAGAUUUCCGCUGUAUCAGAGGUUCCAGAAAAUAUCUUUGCGGCGGAGUCUCUGCUAGAGCUGGACGCACAGAAGAAGUGGGUGAUCAGACGUGUCAGGGAAGUUACCAAACGAGAAGACUACAACUCCCAGUCAGACAUUUUGCUACUCAUCGAGUCGUCUAAGAGGAUAGGCGAGACCAACUACAAGAAACAGUUGAGUUUCCUCUCACAGCUGACCGAACGUUUUGUUCUCGGCCCCAACUUUGCUCAGUUCGCUGGAGUCGUGUAUGGCACUGAGCCCAAGAAAAUAUUUGACUUCAACACUUACAGCAGAAAUAAGGGUUUGACUGAGGCCAUUUUAAACGCAGAGUAUAUGAACUCAGAUGGAACAGCCUUGGUCAAGGCGUUGGACUUUGUUUUAGAGAACGACAUCUUUAGCAAAUCACAAGGAAAUAGGCCGACCGCAUACAAGAUACUGCUACUGGUGACAUACGGCAUUACCUAUGACAGUGAAGCAUUGAAGAAGCUAGGUGUGAGCGCCAAAAAGCUGAGGGAGAAGGGCAUUCACGUGAUCAUUGUGGGGGUCAGUGGAGGCACAGACACGGAGCUGAUCGCCCUGACAGGAAACAACAAAAAUAUCAUCGCAGCUCCGUCGGUAGACGACUUUGAUAAAAUACAGAACGCCGUCAUCACCCGCAUCAAAGAAGCCCCUAAAGAGAAACCAGUUGGUGAGACUGAGGUUGAUAUUGUUUUCCUCUCGGAGUCCUCCAAGUUUAUCACCGAACCAAACUUCAAGAAACAGCAGAAAUUUUACUCCGACAUCACCAACAGCUUUAUCCUGGGGGAGAAGAACGCUCUCUUCGGGGCUGUCUCCUAUGGUGAUGAUGUCAAGAAGGCGUUUGACUUAAAGACAUACGUGCUACACAAGCCACUCUCAGAGGCGAUCAAUUCAAUCGCCUACCAAAAAGGGGGCGUCAACCCCGCCAAGUUGAAUGAUCUGAUCACCACCAAUGACGUAUUUAAUGCCAAGAAUGGCGGGAGACCUUCAGCUCCUAAAGUUUUUGUCGUCCUUAUCCAUGGGCCCUUACAGAACCCUGCAGGAUUUGCAACCGUUGCUAAGGCGAUUAGGCAGAAAGGCAUCAUCAUCAUCACCAUCGGACUCCCUGACGCUAAGGACAAUGAACUCCUGAACGUGGCUGGGGACGAGAAGUACAUAAUCAAGGCCAGCUCCAUUGACCAACUGGACAUCAUUAAAGAGAAAGUCAUCAACAAUAUCCGUGAUGCGCCUAAACCAGCAGUCGUCUGCAAAGCCGCGGCAGCUGAUGUCAUCCUUGUGAUUGACUCGUCUGCAAGUAUUGGGGUGGACAACUACAAGAAACUGCUGGAUUUCAUCUCCAAACUGACGGAAGGUGUCACCGUGGGGCCUAAUGACUUCCUGUUCGGGUCUCUGGCCUUUAGCUAUGGCGUCUACAAACAGUUUGACCUCAGGUCGUACUCGGACCGUGCUACAUUGUCUAAGGCUGUACUUAGCACCAAGUACUACAAGGGUGGGACAAACACACACAGUGCAUUGAACUUCAUCAGCAGAGAGGACAUGUUCUCCUCUGCUAAUGGGGGUCGGGACUUUGCCACAAAGUUGGCUAUAGUGUUGACAGACGGUGAAUCUGCAGACCCAGUUGCAACAUCACAAGCAGCCAAAGCUCUGCGAGACAAAGGCAUUAAGAUCAUCAGUGUUGGCAUCGCUAAGGCCAAAGACCAGGAACUGUUGGCUAUAGCAGGCAACCAGAACAAUGUUUUCAAGGCGGAGACUUUUGAUGCGCUGGACUCAAUCAAAAACAGUAUAGCUGGGCGAGUCUGUGAGGUCCACUCUCAAGAACAAGACAACAAGGAAGUAGAUAAAUGUGACGCAUUUGCUGACUUCGUCCUCUUGCUCGACUCGUCUGACAGCAUCGGUAAAGACAACUACAUCAAGCAGCUCAACUUUGCUGGAGAGCUGGCCAAAGCCUUCACACUAGGACCCAAAGACGUGCAGUUUUCAGCCAGCAUCUUCAGUGACGUGGUCAAGAAACUCUUCAACUUGAAUCAGUACAAUAGUCAGGACGCUUUGAGUAAAGCCUUUUUGGCAGCACCCUACAUGCAGGCUUCCACAAAAACCCACCUUGCUUUGAACGAAAUCGUUGACAAAGAUUACUUCGGCGUUGCAAACGGUGGGCGUACAGACGCUAAGAAAGUUGUCAUUCUGAUGACCGAUGGUAGAUCUUACUCAACCCUAAGGACUACAAAAGCAGCCAAGCGUGUCAGAGAUCUAGGAGUGACUAUCAUCACUAUUGGCAUUGCUGAAGCCGUGGAAUCUGAGCUGUUGGCAGUAGCAGGCGACCCCAGCAACUUUUUUAAGGCCGCGACCUUCGACAUGCUGGACAAAAUUAAACGAAAAGUUUCACAGCGUACAUGCCAAGUGCAAACAGAGGUUUCAAAGCCUUCCACUGGAACAGAUGAUUCAGAGUUGUUAAUUGAAGAUCUUGACACUCUACCAAAACCAACCGCCCCUCCGAAACCGUACACAAAUCUGGUGGAUGUUGUUGUCGCCAUUGAUGGCUCCACCAAUUCAGGAAAAGUCAACUUUCCCAAGCUGCUCUACUUUGCCGCCAGCGUCAUACGGUACUUUAAAAUCGGAAACAAAAAUGCGCAGUUCGGCCUCAUCGUCUUCGGCGAAACCCCCAAGAAAGUUUUUGAUCUCUACAAAAAUGAUAACCCAGAAACAGUUAUUGAGUCGACUUUAUCUGCACCAUUUGUGGGCGGAGCUCCAAACUUCCACAAGGGCUUCAAGAAAAUCAUCGAGGACAACAUGUUCUCUGAGGCCUCGGGUGGGAGGGACGUCCCGAAGGUUGUGCUGCUCAUCACCAGCGGACCAUCCCAAAGCCCGAGUUUAUCUGAUCAGCUGGCCAAGAAACUGAAAAACCAAGGUGUGACCAUUAUAUCUGUGGGAGCCGACAAGGCCAACCCAAGUGAACUGAUCAAGAUCUCAGAUCUACCAAAGAACGUCAUCAAGGUGGACACAGUGGACAAUCUGGACACAGUCAAAGACAAAGUCUCCAAGGUCAUAUCUGAAGCUCCAAAACUAUCAAGUUCAGAAUCACCUGACUACCUAGAAGAAGAGUUGCCCUUCCUAGUUGAUGAUACUACCGCAAGUCCUCAAGUUCAGACGACUGCCCUCCCAUCAGAGGACUACAUACAGUACCUAGAUGUUGAUACAGAGUCGAAACCCUCGGGCACAACCGAUUACAUAAUUUAUGAAGAGGAUCCAUUCCCGGAUGAUUUUGGUGGUGUUGUGAAGCUUUGCGGCAGCAAUGCCAUGACUCUUGAAUUAGAGCUUCCACAAACGGUUGCCGAGCCAUCGGGUAGAGCACCAGCCGCUUCUAAAUGUACGAAAAAUGUGAAGAAAGACGUCGUCUUCGUACUGGACUCCUCAGCCAGCGUCACCUCCGACAACUGGUCGAAACAGCUGCAGUUUGCCGCCGAUCUUGUGAAGCUCUUCAACCUGGGCGACACUGGGUUCCAGUUCGGUGCUGCUUCCUACGGCUACACUGGGGAUAAACUCUUCGACCUCAACAAAUUUCAAGACGCCGCUGCGAUAGAAAAGGCAUUGAAAGGCGCCAGGUACCAGAAUGCCCAGUCCUACGCACACAAGGGCCUGAACUUGAUCACAAAGAGAAACAUCUUCUGUACCGCCGCAGGUGCCAGGGCCCCUGCUCAGAAAGUCAUCGUUCUCUUCACUGACGGGGUGUCAACCGACAGUUCAAAAACCAUCUUGGAGGCUACCAAGCUAAAGCUGCUGGGAGUACGUAUCAUCACCGUGGCUGUCGGCAAUGAAGUCUCCCCCCAGGAGCUGGCUGCCAUAUCUAAGCCGUCAGACACCUUCAAGGCGUUUAGUUUCAAUACUUUGGAGUUCGUCAAGAAAGAUUUGGUCGAUGUCUUGUGCAAUUGAAGGAUCGAAUGAUGAAAAACUACAAAUGUAAUUUUCUCUAUUAUUUUUAGUGCUCUGUUAAACUAACAUUAAUAAAUUUUAACUUAAUGUUAAAAUAUUACGCUUUAAAAAUUCUAUUUUAAAUAUUUGUAUGAAAUUUGUGUAAAUUCCAAAAAAAAACCGUGUGUCAAGAAUAACUAUUG